AUGAUAGGCCCAUUCAAAGAGCCUCCAUUUUCUCCAUUCCGCGUUAGCCCCAUUGGCAUCGCCACUAGGAAAUACUCCAGAAAAAAGAGAUUAAUCAUCGAUCUCUCUUCCCCCCACGGCACUAACAUUCCUAGUAUUAAUAGCAUCAUUCCAGCCCCCGACUUCUCUAUGCAAUAUGCAACCAUCGACCACGCCAUCACUCUCAUCCGCAAGGCAGGCCACGGAGCAUGGCUCUCUAAAGCAGACAUCACCAACGCUUUCAAAGUCAUGCACAUUCACCCAGAUUUCUGGCGUUACUUUGGAAUAUUCUGGAAAGGAGCCUAUUAUUUUGCAGUGCGCCUUGCCUUCGGCUGUAGAAGCAGCCCCAAGAUCUUCGACUCCCUCUCAGAGGGCUUAUGCUGGAUCCUCAUCAAUAACUACAAGCUUCCCUACGUCCUCCAUCUUCUCGAUGACUUCCUCAUCAUCACACCCCCAUCAGCACCUCCCCACUCAGGGUUUUCCACCCUCAUCAAAGUCUUUUACGAACUUGGUGUUCCCUUGUCAAAAGAGAAAACCUCAGGGCCACACACUUCUAUCGAGUUUCUAGGUAUCACUUUAUACUCCGUCACCUUCCAAGCAUCUCUGCCUCCCACGAAAAUACAUUGCAUAUCACUGCUCCUAUCAAAUUAUCUUCUAGCAGUCAGGUGCACAAAGCAACAACUGUUAGCGCUCCUUGGUCACCUUAACUACGCCAUCAGAAUAAUUCCCCAAGGAAAAUGUUUCCUUUCCAAUCUCCUAACAAAAGCAGCAACAAUCCCCUCUCUCCAUGACAAAGUCACUCUGGACGAAGCUUGUAAAAUGGAAAUGCACCUCUGGCAAAAGUUCCUAUCUUCAUGGAACGGCAUAUCCUUCAUCUAUAACGACUACAUCACUCAACCAGAAGACAUUCAGCUGUACACAGACGCAGCACCUUCCACCGGCUUCAGGGGAUACUACAGCGGUCAUUGGUUCGCUUCCGAAUGGCCGCCCGAGUUUAGACGCUUCGUCCAACAAUCAGACGUUCCCCCAUCAUCCGCACUCUAUGAAAUGUAUCCCGUCAUCAUAGCAGCCAUCCUUUGGGGGCACGAAUGGUCCAGACACUCCAUACUCAUUCACUCCGAUAACUCGGCAGUAGUCGAAAUCAUAAAUAAAGGCCGAUCUCGUUCUCAAGCCAUCAUGCCAUGUGUUCGCAGACUAACACUAAUAUCCGCCCAACACCAGUUUCUCAUUCGAGCAGCUCACGUUCCUGGCUACCACAAUACCAUUGCUGACUCUUUGUCUCGUUUUUCCUUCCAGAAGUUCAGAAUCUUGGCUCCAGAAUCAGAUAUACAUCCCACGCCAGUUCCACCGUUUUCAGCCUCCAUCUUCAACUAA